AUGCUGUCCAGGGUUUGUAAUUAUUUGGUCGUCAGCAUUGUGUGCUUUGCGUUGCUGUGGCGAUGUAGCAUCGGCGGUCCGGUCGGAGCGCGUGAAUCACCAUUGCGCCUCACGGGAACCUGCAACGAGCUUGCACGCUCACUGCUCUGGAACGUGUCAGCGGUGCUCGAGAUAGACCACUUGUUCAGCGGUUUUGACUGCUCACAGCAAAACGCAGAGGUGCAUCUCAGGAGGCAAACGGUGUCUGCUUGCACACCACAGAACUCUAACUGCGCUCACAGUGCUGUUCUAAAUAUUGAUGAGAAUAAAUGCAUACAGAGAAUUCUAGAAGAUCUCCACUACUACCGGGAGACAUUUAGAGCUUACGCUAACCCAGAGCUCACCAAAAGUGUAGUUAGGAGGAUUGAUGACCUCCUGCAGAACUGCUUCUCUGUCUCUGCAAUGGACAUCUCUCCGGCCAAGGUGUCUAUGGAUCAUCAAAAAUCUUUUCAAGAACGACUGAAGCUGUGCAAAGUCCUAAAGGGUUUCAACCUUCGAACAAUAACAAUAAAUCGUGUUUUCAACUACAUUUUGUCAAAAUAG